AUGAGAUGGGUCAAUAAUGCCGGGUUCAUGGCAUUUAACUUCUACCCAGCUUACAAUACCCAAUGUUCCCAAGAGAUCCCCCAUUUCUCUCUGUCUCUGUCUCUCUCUGUCUCUGUCUGUCUCUCUGUACGAGAAAAGAAACUUUCUCUCUUUCCCUCUCUUUCUCUCACUGAUUUUCCUUUUCUUUGUCUUUCUCUCUCAAUAUUUUUGGUCUAUUCAUCAUUUUUGACAAUAUUUUUCUCCAUCACCUUUCUUCAGUCUAAACAAAUUAUUCUUCUCUCACUUAUCCUCUUUCACUCUCUCUGUAUUUCUCUCAUCUUUUUCUUUCUUUUUGACACACUCUCUCUUCUAAACAAAUUCCGUCUCACUCUAUCUAUUUCUCUGGUCUUCCUCUCCCUCUCUCCCUUUCUCGGGUUUUUGUACUUUUUUUUUCAAUCUAAACAAAUUCUUCUCCCACGUACCCGCUUUCUCUCUACUUCUCUUAUUGUUUCUUUCUUUUUGACUUUCUUUCUUCUCUCUCUCACUCCCCCCUCUCUCUCUCUCUCUCUCUCUCUCUCUCUCUCUCUCUCUCUGCUUCCUCUCUAUGUUUCUUUUACCUUUUUCCAAAUUAUAUUUCUCUCACGUAUCCUCUUUUUCUCACUCUCUCUAUUUCUCUUCUCUUUCUUUUUAACUCACUCUCCACCUCUUUUUUCUUUUCACUCCCUCCCUCUCCCCCUCUCUCUCUCUUUCUGCUUUUAUACCAAUCGCCUCCCUUUCUUUUUUAUUUUACACAGCAUGCUACUGAGUUCUCGUUAA